AUGGCUGAUAAUGAUAAAGCUAGUAUUUUUCGUGGACAAAAAAGUGUUUCAAGUUUUUCAUCAUCUUCAUCAGCCUUAACAAAUAAUCAAGAACAACCGAAGGUAUCGCUUAUUCUAUCACCAACAUUUGAACUUGCUUUACAAAUUGGACAAGUUAUUGCACAUAUGGUAAAAUUUUUACCAUAUAUUAAAAUAGCAUUUACUGUACGUGAUCCAACAAUAUCAAAACGAAAUGAAUAUAUUAAAGGAAAAGUAUUAGAUGUUCCUAUUGUUAUUGGUGCACCUGGCACUCGUUGA